GCGAAAGGGAGUCACUCACUGGCCUUCCUGUCUUGAGACAGGUUGUGAAAAAAGCGGAACCGGUUCGGCGAGAUGCCAAGGGAACUGCCGUGAAGUGGGAAGGAUGCGACUUUAUCACCACCUCACUCCCUGAGGAAGGCCAUGUGAGGGGUGAACAAGGAGUUCGGAGUUUCUGUUGUCCAAUCCGCCAGAAAUCGGCCGCGAGGUACGUUUUGACACCACGCCCAGUGACAAGUGAUAGUUUUGUUCGGACAAGGCGGCCUUUGGCUCAAGGGAGUCAUCCAAGUGCAGUGCAGGCACCAUGGGCAAGGGCGAGAAGAAAGAGAAGAAGGGCCCCGUGGUCAAGGAGAUGCGCUUGAGAAAUCUCGAUCUUUGGUCGGAAUCUUGUGGACGUGGGAUUUGCUUUCAAGGUCCGGACAUGGAGCCGGUGACGAAAGACUGCACCAUCCACCUUCACAAGCACAUGCAGAAGGUGGCCUUCAAGAAGCGGGCGCCCCGAGCGGUGCGGGUGGUGCGCCAGUUCGCCAACAAGGUGAUGCUGACCAAGGAUGUGCGCAUCGACACCAAGCUCAACAAGUUCCUCUGGAGCAACGGGGUCCGCAACGUGCCCCGCCGGGUCCGAGUACGCCUCUCCCGGAAGCGAAAUGAGGACGAGGAGGCGACUGAGAAGUGGCUUGGCAAAGCUAAACCGCACCUCUCAAGUCCGAGGCGACUUGAGGCACUGGAGCGCCCGAGGUGACGAAAUCCAUUCACCCAAACUGGGAGGGCAGCGGACGGGCAGCGCACGGAGCUCCCGUCCAUCUGCAGAAACACAUCGCUUUCCGCAAGGCGCCGAACGUGCACUUCCCAUAGAUGUCCUUGUUAGGUUGGCCGAAA